GGAGCUUUGGCUUGGCGCACAUGUCAAACAUCGCGUAAAAAAGAAGCAGCAGAAUCAGAAUUUUUUGCAUCCGUUCCAGACAUUCACUGGCAGCUGCAUCAUCUGCGGAAAAUAGUGCACUUUUCGUAGAUCUUUUCCUCUGGUGGGAAACUUACCGAACUGAGGUGCAUUGUGAUAAAUUGUGUGAUAGUAAGCAAGUUGGGGGAAAAAGUCCAGGUGUCGAAAAUCGUCCCUCAAGCAAUGAGUUUGCCCAGCGCGGAAGAUCCGGAAUUCGUACCGAAAUAAAGUGUGUUACUCUGACUAGUGGACUCUCUGAGGGGCCGUUCUGGUGAAUGUGCUGGCUGCAUUCGAGAUGGGUUCCUGGGCAGAAUCCGGCGGGACGAACUCUCCGGCCGUCUAUCGGAUGAAGACGGAACGGAAAUUGGUCGUCUAUUACGUGUUUGUUUACGUCUUCUGUCUGCAGAUCAUUACGACAAAUACUCGCACUUCGACCCUGUGGAAGUUGAAUUCGGAACAGGGCAAGAUUGUGAGCGUCCCGGCCGGUGGCGGAGGUGCUGCUGGAAGGGACGAUUCCGGUUACGGUGAGGAUGAUCUAUCCGCCAAGGCCGAUUCCUUACAUCCGGAGGAACUGGAGGAGGACGAGGAGUCCACGUUCACCAUCAUAACGUCGACGGCGGCCAACUAUCGGCACAACACGUGGAAUAGGGGCGAGGGCACGACGGAGGAACUGCUGCGACGACUGGCAGAGGAACCCAAUGAAGCGUACCUUGCGGCAGCAAAGUCAUCCAUCAAAAGUGGAAAUGGAAGUAGCAGUAGUGGCAGCAGUGGCACCAACAGUGGUCCUCCUGUUUCUUCGCCUCAAUCGUCUAGUCCCGUGUCGCAGCCAGCUAGUCCCCCGGAGGAUUUGCUAACCUGUGGCAAACCGGUCAAUUUUACCCACUACGACGAUCUGGUGGGCGUGGCUCAGCGCUACGAGCACAACCUCGCUCCGGAACCGGAAGUGGCGUAUCUGUUCCUGAAACGGAAGACCGGCGGCCAAUCGUUGGAGCACUUCAAUAUCGACGCCCUGGAAAGGCGGUUGCGCCGGGCCAAGAAGGAACAACCGCACACGAUCCAGCUGUGGAACCAGAUCGGGAACUUUUGGCGCAUCAAGGGAGAUGCCGGUCAUGCGAUCGAGUGCUUCCGGCGUGCUCUGUCCAUCUCGCCCACCAAUGCGGACACGUUGCUCAACCUGGCGCGGGUACUGUUCAAUCUGCAGUACCUGGACGAUGCGAUCAGUUUGACCAAGCGAUCGCUGGAGGUGCACCCGCCGGACCGGAGCGCCUGGAGGCAGUACUUUACGCUGGGGGAGAUUUUCAAGGCGUACGGCCAGCUGUCGGACUCGAUACUGCACCUGAAGCAGGCGUUGGCUUUGCAUCCGCACUACGAACCGAUCCGACGGCUGAUUGUCGAAACGGAGAAGAUCGAGUUCGCGUCCAACACGACCCGGAUGCAGUUCUACACCGGACUGAUCAUCGUGGUGCUGUCCCUAGUGGUGCUGCUAAUGGUGACGGUCAUGCUCAAGGCGGCCAGGACUUCGAAUCACGGGCACUGCGGAGGAUCAUCCCUCAGUAUCGCCAACCUGGCCAACGGCGAUGGUGGAAGAGACGACGGCGAUGGCGACACCAACAACAACAAUAACCACCAAAAUGGUCGGUUGGGACCCAUCAUCAAUGGGUUCUCGUUGGCAAGCUUCCGGCCGGCCAAACACUUCAACCGGGCUCAGGCGAUGCGUUCCUUGCGAAGUGUGGCCUUUCGCUCAUUUCGACCGUUCCGUUAUCGUAAGUAAGUAAAAGGGCGCAACAAAGCCACUCCCUAUCGCUAUAAUAUUGGAUAACCGAAAGAAGCACACUUACAAACAGAAGAAAUACACACAAAGCUAUUACUUAGGCAUUAGUGAGUGGAAAUAAUGCGAAACUGCGCUAAAUAACUGAAAAACUAUUAUUUAUUUACUGUACGAUUGAAAGUAACAGCACUCGUAUCAUUAUCAAAGAAAUCAGAGCUGAAAGGCAGCAGCUAACAAAGUCGCAUUCGCGUGUUAGUUUUAGAGGAAAACCGAAACCAAGUCACAAAAGGAAAACUCAGAAUACUCCCUUUUUAUUAGAGGUAUGACUUAGAUUUUAAGCGCAUCGAGUCGGAAUUACGGCCGGUCCACAUACAAGACGAGACAUACACACAGAAUCCUAAAAUUGCGCGCUUCGUUCUAGCCGGUUUGUGUUUUGUCGCCACUACUAAGAGUACUGAGUCGGAUUUACUUAACUUACCUUACUUAUACUUACGUAAUUUACCCCAAAAAAACGAAUAACUUCAGUGGAAGUUUUCAUUUCAAACGUGAAUGGAUUUAGUGCUAGGAUUUGAUGUUCAAGUGCGUGCCAUCGGCACCCACUAUACGGUUGUGUAACGUUCGGUUCUCCAUUUUCGACUUAAAUGUGGGUAGAAAUUUGUUCGUAGCCAUCGGUGAAAUUCAGCUUCCUUAACUUUAACCCGUUUGCGUAAAUUGUAUGUGAUAACGAAUAUAUCCUUUUUGAACUGCUAGAGAGCUACCUUUUACCUAUUGGCGCUGGUACUCCCAGGAGUGGAGCGCGAUUUUAAUGAUUUGUUUUAGAAAUCGUUUCCUAUAUAUGAUUGUAGCUUUUGUUCCGCUUAUUAUGAUUAUUAUUUUGUCGCUUAGUAUUAGAGUGAGAGCACAAAUUUUGUUGCGUUUAUUUUUCGAAUGGAAAUUCUCGAAUUUUACUUUAAGAACUGCGUUUUUUUUUCGGUGAACAAAAUCGAAUUUAGGUAGAUUCUAGUGGUAAAAAAGUGAGUUCUGCUGAAAUUGAUUGAAAUAAACAUGAAUCAACUAAACUGAAAA